CAGUGCUCCAAGGUCGGCUUUCGGAGUUUCGUUCCAUCUCGAGGUUGGCUUGGAUCGCUUCCGGUGUCACAUUUCUCGAUUCAACUCCCACGAAAUCACAACACCGCUGAAUAAGCUUUGGAGUUUCUCGAAUAUUUUUUAGACUAGUGAGACGCGUUCAUCUUGCUAUGAUACAGUGGAUUCGUUCGCCUCAAUCCUUACUACCUUUGCUUGAAUUAGCAGCGGAAUUUGAGUAUGGUGCGGAUUUGGUUGUGCUGAGGGUUAGUUUGCUGGAGGAUCAUCUUAGUUUUAGAAUGCAUGGGGCAAUUUUCUGGGCAUUAACGAUGAAGAUCUCAUUCUUAUUGUUUGGAAGAAAGGACUCUGAGAAUUUCGACAAGUAUUAAUCCUAGUUAAUUUUGGGUAGAUUCUCUGUUUAAAAUGAGUUGUAUCCAGCAGCGAUGGAUUGUUCAACAUCUUUUUUCAAUUUUAGAGAUUCGCGUUUGCUUCCGUCAGAUAGCAGAGGAAGUAAGCAGUUUGUGGGAUAAGCGGAAGACUUAGCGAACGGCGAUGGGAUUUCUCAGAAUUUUUGUGCAGAUGUGCGUGGGCACUUAAAUGCAUCUCGAUUUGUGACACAAGGGGAAGGCGUCGACAUGGAGUCGAAUGGACUGAAGAAGCCCCUCGCACAAUCGCCCGCAAAGGCCUCUGUUGUGGCCGAUGGGAGUAGGGUUCCUGUUCAUUGGCCUGAUGGAUUUGACUUUGGUUUUGCAAAUUCCCCUGAGAUGCCGAUUCAGCCAUUGCUGCUGCCGCAUCCAUUGCCACGGCCCCGUCCAUCGACGCAGCUGCCUUCAUUGCCACGGUCGCGUCAAUCGCCGCAGCCGCUUACAUUGCCAUUGCUGCGUCCAGGAGCAGCUUUUGCAGCUGCUGCGUCCCGACAGGUUACGCGAAAGACCUCCAUUUCAUCUCAUAGAGAUUCCCACAUUGACCAGGAGGAGAGGUCUAGACAGCAAUCGGAGUUUAGUGAGGGAAAGAUCAUACAUGUUAGUCCAUCCGUCGUUACGGAGCAAAAAGCGGAUGAUACUAAUGGGCUUUUAAAGGAUUCGGCGAAUGCAACCCCAGGGCCUGAAGAUUUUGCAUUAGCUCGCAGUGUUCCAGAACAUGAAAAUCUAGUUAGGGUUGUUGAUGAUGCUAGUAUUGUGCCAAAAUUUAGGAUUCGUGUCAUUGAUGAGCCAGGAGUUGUGGGAGAAAUUGAAAGUCUUAUUACGGAUGAGCCAGAUGCUGCAGGAAAACCUGAAAACCUUCCUACGGUUUCUAAUGAGCCAGCAGUUGUGGAAAGAAUUGAAAGUCUUAUUACAGAUGGGCCAGAGAUUGCGGAAAAACCUGACAACCUUCCGAGAGUUUUUGACGAGCCAAGGGUUGUGGAAAAAAUUGAAAGUAUUGUUACAGAUGGACCAGAGGUUGCAGAAAAACUUGAAAACCUUAGGGUUUUUGAUGAGCCAGAGGUUGUAGGUGAUCCAGGUAUUUCUUUUCCCAACAAUGUCGCUGACACUUCUUCAAAUGUCAUCUAUCGUCACGAAGAUCACAGCUACGCUAGCUCCGAGAUUUCCACCGAGGAGGAGCUGAGUGAUUCGGAUACGGGCUUGAUAAGCACGAAUGACAAUUUUAACUCAGAUGACACAGAUGAAGCUGUAGAUGCUUUAGAAACAAACUUGGAACAAAAAGACGACCAAAUUGAGGAGACAAGGCAAUCACCUACAGCGUUUCAGUUGGCCGAAGAAUUAGAGAUGCGCAACUCCUCCUCGGGUUUACAUUGGAAGGAAGGUGCAGCUGCUCAACCAAUGAGGUUGGAUGGCAUCGAGAAAUGUAAGCCUGCAAUUGAUCUUUUGCAACUAACUACCUAUGGCACUCUCUCUCAUGCAUUAGCCUCACCUCAACUGAGGAGGGAGUAUGGUUUUCCACAAGCCGUGACCGUUCAUGCAAAUUUUAUCGCUGUCGGAUUGUCCAAAGGAGCUGUUCUUGUCACUCCUAGCAAGUAUUCAGCCACGCGCAGUGCCGAUGAGUUGGAAUCUCAAAAGGCUUUUUUCUUGGGAGGGGGUAUUGAAACUAAAGAACCUGUUAGUUCUCUUUGUUUCAGCCAUCAAGGGGAUCUCUUGCUAGUCGGCUAUGCGAAUGGAACCCUACGAUUGUGGGAUGUUUCUAGAAGAUCAAUGUCCAAAAUGAUGAGUACUGAGCACUCGGAGGCUAUUGUUCAUACUUUGUUCUUAGGACAGGAGGCCCCAGGUGCUCGCAAUCUAAGAGUAAUUAGUGGGGACUGUAAAGGGAGACUUCUGUUGCAUGCUUUUUCUCAACAGAUGGUUCCUUUGAUUCGCCGCUUUUCUGUAGAAACACAGUGUCUCCUCGAGGGCGACAAGACUGGUCCUGUUUUAUCUGUUUCACCUUUGUUGCCUGACGAAGGUCUGCAUGUCUCGAAUGGAGUAAACUCCUCUCAUCAAAGCCGAAUCUCCAGUCCUCCGACGUUGGGAAGUGUAAUGGGCGGUAUGGGUAGUGUAAUGGGUGGAAUGGUGGGUAGUGUUGGUGCAAUAGAUGUUGGUCGGAAGUUCCUCUAUGAUGGAGGAGCUACUUCAACAACCUCAGCAACUUCAGCUGAUGAUGGGCCAAGACCGAUGUUUGUCUUGGUCACGCACCACACUGUGCUUGUGGUGCGCCUUGCUGCCGACAUGCAGGUACGCCAACCAGCUUUAGAAGUUAUGUCAAAGUUGAGUAGACCAGCUGGAAUCAGGGAUGGUGCUAUUGCGUAUACAGCAUGGAGACGCAUUCGUGCUAAGCUUGGGACUUCCCUUGUUUCUAGUAGUGGAAACUCAGACUCCAACGUAUCGAAUGGGAGCACAGCGACCGCAUUUGUCACUGACCGUGCUGAUGCGAAGAAGGAUGAAGGUGACGCCGCUAACGAUGUCGUGGAUGAUGACGACUUACCAAUGUUAGCCAUGGGUUGGGACACGAAGAUGUUCAUUUGGCAAUUAACACAGUCAAAGCUAAGGAAAGUGAGAGAAUGGGAACUCGAUAGUCCUGCUGUUGGGCUAGCUUGGCUGGAGGAGCAGAUGCUGGUCAUUGUGACAGCUAAGGACCAACUCUGCUUGUUUACGAAGGAGGGUAUUGAAGUGGAGCGUGGGUCUAUACGGGGAGAUCAAGAAGGGAUGGGGGCUCUUAUCUACCACAGUCAUAUUAUGAAUGCUCUUGGUAAUCCAGAGAAAGCUUACCAUAGCUCACUAUCUGUCCGCGGAGCUGCUCUGUAUCUGAUGGGUCCGCAGCAGCUAUGGCGUGCUCGUUUGCUGCCUUGGCGGGAGCGCAUUAAAGCAUUAGAAGAUGCUGGCGAUUGGAUGGGUGCAUUCCACAUUGCAAUGGAGUUGUAUGAUGGGCGAGCCAGAGGGGUAACCGGGCUUCCAAGAGGAUUAGAUGCAAUGCGGGAGGCUAUUAUGAGUACAUUACUGGCGCUUCUUUCUGCUUACAUAGACAUGGCUUUUGCGUACUUGUCGGUAGCAUAUGGGUCAGCUACGUUACCUGCUCUGAAUUCUUCCUCAGAGACAGCUUCUCAAGCUGCUGAUCGACAAGGGUCAGGGGGCUUGGGCCAAGAUUUGCAGGAUGCCCGAGAACAAUAUGCAAGAGUUGGUGGUGUGGCCAUUGAGUUUUGUGUACACAUUGGUAAACAGGACGUCUUGUUUGAAAAUGUCUUCAGCAAGUUUGUGGCUGUUGGACAAAGAGGUAUAUUUUUGGAGCUCCUUGAGCCAUAUAUCCUUAAGGACAUGCUAGGUGGUCUUGCUCCUGAGGUCAUGCAAGCACUCGUUGAACACUACAGUUACCAUGGGUGGGUGGACAGAGUGGAGCAAUGUGUGCUGCAUAUGGAUAUUGGAUCUUUAGAUUUUAAUCAGGUGGUGAGAUUAUGUAGAGAGCAUGGUUUAUACAGUGCACUUAUUUAUCUGUUCAAUAGGGGCUUGGAUGACUUCAGGUCUCCAUUGGAGGAACUUUUGAUAGUUGCAGAUCAGGCCUCCAACUCCUCUCAGACUCAACUUGUCGGGUAUAAGCUGUUGGUGUACUUGAAGUACUGCUUCAUUGGUCUUGCCUUUCCACCUGGCCAUGGCUCUCUUCCAACCACGCGUUUGCCAGGGUUACGAGCUGAAAUUUUACAAUUUCUACUUGAUCAAGAAGGUUCCAUCAGAGGAAGACCUUUGACGGGUUUCAAGUCUGAAGAGGUCAAGAUAUACCCUCGACUAUGGUUUCUGCUUCAGGUUGACAUACAGGCAACCCUUCUAGUCUUGAGGCUGGCCUUUCCUGAACAUGGCCCCUUAGGUAUUGGCAAGCAGGGUUUUGCUUAUCUUACCAGUGCUGAUGAUGAAGAUUUAGUUCUUUCAGCUUCUGAAGAUAUCCAUGAUGGAGUGAGGUAUGUACAAGCGACUGUAAAUGCUUUAGUUGAGAUUCUAAAUGUGUCUCAUAAAGUCAGAGCAUUUCCAAAGGGAGUUGAUACAGAUGUUAAAGACUCUCAAAUGAUUCGGCCUUCAAAUGAAGGUGUUGGAUAUCUGCUGGACUUUGUGGCACAAUUUGUGGCGUCUAGACAUGCUGUAGUAUCAAGUGCAACGUUCAUGAUGAUAUUAGAGUAUUUAGCACUACCUACUCAUGGAAGAGGAGAUGCACUCGCCAAUGAAGAUUUGAUGGUGAGGCUUCUGAAUGCUGUUCCUGAUUCAAAUUUGGAUCCGUCUCGUACUCUCGAACUAGCGCAAACCAACAACUUCUGGCAGGUAAGUGGGUUGCUUCAUACACGUGGUCGCAACUAUGAAGCAGCACUGGAUGACUACUUGAAUGAUGAGAAUCAGAUUGGACAACCAUUUUUGUAUAUCAUGGAUAUGCUUGAUCCCCAGAAAGGUUUACAAGAAUCCGACUUAAGUAAAUUUAAGAAAGCUGUUCUCUUGCGCAUAUCAGAACUUGUACAACGUAGUAGCAAAGGCACAUUAGGAGUCGUUUUGAAGCAUAUGAGCAGCGACAACCAGCAAGUCAUUGAGAGGCUUGAUCAUCGUCCGGAGCUCCUGUUUGCCUAUCUGAAGGGCAUUAUGAAUGCUCGUUCAGGAAGUAAUAUUUCUGGUGAAUUGGAUAGUGCCGGUGUGCUGUCACAUUGUAAACAUCAGCGGCGCUUGCCCUCUCGUCAGCACUCUACAUCGAGCAGGUUCAAACGAGGGAACUGCUGUCCGCAGUGGGAUCCGAACGUGGACAUCAAAGACUUGUUGCAACAAUCUGCCAUAGUUUUUACAGACGAUAUGGCAGAACUUUAUGUGGAGCUGUUAUGCAAAUUCGAACCACACGCUGUACUUAAAUUUUUGGAAAGCUACGAAAACUAUCGGUUGGAACACUGCCUCAAAUUAUGUCAGGAGUAUGGUAUUACAGAUGCAGCAAUCUUCUUAUUGGAGCGUGUAGGUGAUGUUGCAAGUGCACUGGAUCUUGUGCUUAAGGAUGUGGAAAUAUGUAGAGAUCGCUUGGAACUUUUUGUCUCCACCUCAUCAAGAACCUCUGUGCAGGCUUUUGACAAGGAUCAGCAGAGUGUUGUAGAGGUAGGAGCGGUCAAAGCAGCAGUUGCCGCUGCUGUGGCCUUGUGUCAGCGGAACACUCAACGGCUCGAACCUCGGGAGUCAAUUACGCUCUGGUUUCGACUUCUUGACAGCAUUGUGGAGCCAUCCAAAGUCGCAUCAAAUGCUGUGAAUACUAGUUUUGAAGUUGACAGAAAUUUUAGAAAUCAAGAAUAUUUAGAUUCUGAAAGAAUACAAAUACGAGGAAAAUCAAGAGCUCAGCGAAAGCUAGCCAUAAAACAGGCAAAAGGCAAGUUUUUAAAAAAAGUCCUAGUGUUGCUGAUGGGAGAUAUCAUAGAUGGUAUGAUGGGUUACAUUCCACUGCAUGUUAUAAUGGAGAAAAUACUAGCAGAUCAUGGGAGCCACCCAUUCCAAGACUUUCGUCCAACAAUAUUGAAUAUGCUUAGUGCGUAUGGCUAUGAGCGGACAAUACUGAGGACUGCAAAGCACCUUACAGAAGAGGACACUUUCUACAACAUCUAUGCCCUUCGGCGAGGCUGUGCCCAUGGGUAUGCAGCUUUGUCUUCCAUCUGCUGCAUUUGUGGACUUGGGUUGGAAGACGACACUCUGCAAGGUCAUACAAGAAGUACUGCGGAGAAUUCACAUGGUGAAUCUACCAAAGGGGUGAUGGCAGUAGCGACUACUUCACGUAGCUCAAAUGCAUUCAGUAUUUACUUCUGUGGACACGCUGCACACAUUCUUUGCGUAGUUGAUGAUGGGUCUCAUAAAGAAGACCCUAGUCUUCCAGGAUGUCCAGUUUGUUCGCUAAAGGUGAAAUCAAGCAGUUCACCGUAUCAUGCAAAUAAUGCUAUCUGGAAAGGAAGAGAUGAAGCAAGUAGAAGUUCCACAACUCCAACUCCCGACAGAGUUGCUCCAUAUUUGCUAGACACAGCAAUUAAGAGCUAUCACCCUGCUACUGAGAUCCCUCGGUUGGCUGUGCUGAAGCAGCUCCAACAGGGAAAGCAACUGUCAGAUUUGGGACCUUCACUACAACUCCGCCUGGCACCGCCUCCAAAAAUUCGUUCUCGUAGGGCCUCAGUUCCUGAGAACGGUGGUGCAUUACGAAACAGGCAUGCUCCGAAAAGCCUGAUUAAUCUGCGGAGAUGAUGUAGUAAACGGGAAAUGGGUUUGACGAGUAGAUGACAGUGUUCUUCAUGACGCAUCAGUUUUGACGCAGAGUCUCAAUAUUCUUUUGUACCUGGAAGGCGCUAAUUCCUCCAAAUGAGUAUUCUGAUGGCCUUCACUACCUCACUACGCCCCCGGCCUUAGAGAAGCUGAAUGCCGUGCUGGCAAAUAAUAAGCCCUCUACUGCAUUAUACUUGCAAAUCUCUGGAUUCUUGACCAAAUGUGCAGGAGGGGCCAAUUUAGCAUUGUGCAAUAUUUAGUCCGAAUUCGGACUCCUAGAUCCUUCUUUAGCCGAACGGAGCUAAUUUGGGACACAUCACAUGUACAUUGUUUUUCACCUUUGCUCAAAGCACUUUUGAUUGUGUAAAAGUAGAAGGCGUUUGCCCUUGAAAAAAUCAAGGAAUAUUAGUUAUUUUUUGCUCAAGCUAGUAAUUCUUCUUAGAACUCUACAAUAUAUUUUUUCUAAUUUAGCUUGAAAUGUGAGCAAAAGUGUUUUUGUUUGUUUGUUUGUUUUAAUAUAAUUUGGCUAAAAUCACAACCA